UCGCAAAAUCAAACCCAACCGAUUUGUAUAUUCUCUCUCAAUAGAAAUUUCCAAAACCCUUUUCUCUCUCUCCUAUUUAAAGGUCUCUCUCUCCUCUCAGAAGCUCUGUUAGAUUUGCAAAACAUAACACUUUUCUUUUCCCACGACAAACACAUUCUGUGGAGAAUUCCAGAGAGUCCUCGCAUACGCCACAACGUUCCCGAUCCACACUCCGUCGCGAGCUUGGGAAUUGAGUGAUCGUGUGCACCCAAUCAAAUUUUCCCGCAAAGAUGAGCGUGGUUGGUUUUGAUUCUGGGAAUGAGAGUGGCGUGGUUGCCGUUGCAAGGCAAAGAGGGAUUGAUGUUGUACUCAAUGAGGAAUCAAAGCGGGAGACUCCUGCUAUUGUUUGCUUUGGCGACAAGCAGCGCUUCCUUGGAACUGCUGGGGCUGCAUCAAGCAUGAUGAAUCCGAAGAACACGAUUUCUCAGAUCAAGCGGCUCUUAGGACGCCAGUUCUCAGAUCCUGAGCUGCAGCAGGAUCUUAAAGCAUUGCCUUUUACUGUGACUGAAGGGCCUGAUGGAUAUCCACUGAUCCAUGCACGGUAUUUGGGGGAGGUAAGGACAUUUACGCCAACCCAACUAUUGGGAAUGGUGUUCUCAAAUUUGAAAAGCAUUGCGGAGACGAAUUUGAAUGCUGCGGUAGUGGAUUGCUGUAUCGGGAUUCCUGUUUAUUUCACUGAUCUUCAAAGAAGAGCUGUCUUGGAUGCAGCUACAAUUGCGGGUCUGCAUCCUCUUCGUUUACUUCAUGAAACUACUGCAACUGCUUUGGCAUUUGGAAUUUAUAAGACAGAUUUGCCAGAGAAUGAUCAAUUGAAUGUUGCAUUUGUUGACAUUGGGCAUGCUAGCAUGCAGGUAUGCAUUGCUGGCUUCAAGAAAGGCCAGCUGAAGAUAUUGGCACAUUCUUUUGACCGAUCUCUUGGUGGUAGAGAUUUUGAUGAAGCUCUAUUCCAGCACUUCGCGGCUAAAUUUAAGGGAGAGUACAAGAUUGAUGUUUUUCAGAAUGCUAGGGCUUGUCUACGGCUUCGUGCUGCUUGUGAAAAGCUGAAAAAGGUUCUUAGUGCAAACCCUGAGGCGCCUUUGAAUAUAGAGUGCUUGAUGGAAGAGAAGGAUGUUAGGGGUUUCAUCAAGAGAGAGGAGUUUGAACAAAUUAGCAUUCCAAUUUUGGAACGGGUAAAGAAGCCAUUGGAGAAGGCUCUUUUAGAUGCUGGCCUUUCCGUUGAGAACAUCCAUGCAGUUGAGGUUGUUGGUUCAGGCUCUCGUGUUCCUGCUAUAAUCAAGAUACUAACAGAGUUCUUUGGCAAGGAGCCUAGGCGCACAAUGAAUGCAAGUGAGUGCAUUGCCAAAGGCUGUGCUCUAGAGUGUGCAAUUCUCAGCCCCACAUUUAAAGUGCGGGAGUUCCAGGUCAAUGAAAGCUUUCCCUUUUCAAUUGCUCUGUCAUGGAAAGGUUCUGCUCCAGAUAACCAGAAUGGAGCUGUAGAUAAUCAACAAAGCACUAUUGUUUUCCCCAAGGGGAAUCCAUUCCCGAGUGUUAAGGCUCUGACAUUCUAUAGAUCAGGCACCUUCACAAUAGAUGUUCAGUAUGCUGAUGUCAGUGAAUUGCAGGCACCAGCAAAGAUCAGCACAUACACGAUUGGUCCUUUUCAAUCUACAAAUAGUGAACGGGCAAAAGUGAAGGUGAAAGUUCGCCUUAAUCUUCAUGGCAUUGUAUCGGUGGAGUCUGCAACUCUCUUGGAAGAAGAGGAAGUUGAAGUUCCUGUUACAAAAGAGCCAGCAAAAGAAGCUACUAAGAUGGACACAGACGGACCUCCAAGUGAAGCUUCCACUGGAGGUGCUGAAGCGGAUGUAAACAUGCAAGAUGCUAAAGGUGCUACUGAUGCUUCUGGGGCAGAGAAUGGUGUUCCAGAGUCUGGGGAAAAGCCUGUCCAAAUGGAUACGGAUGCCAAGGUUGAGGUUCCAAAGAAGAAGGUGAAGAAAACUAACAUCCCUGUAUCAGAGUUGGUGUAUGGAGGAAUGGCACCUGUUGAUGUGCAAAAAGCAGUGGAAAAGGAGUUUGAAAUGGCUUUGCAGGACCGUGUCAUGGAAGAAACAAAAGACAAGAAAAAUGCUGUGGAGUCCUAUGUUUAUGAAAUGAGGAACAAGCUUCAUGACAAAUACCAAGAGUUCGUCACUGAUUCAGAGAGAGAGGAGUUCACUGCUAAGCUUCAGCAGGUGGAAGAUUGGCUGUAUGAUGAGGGAGAGGAUGAGACCAAAGGCGUUUACAUUGCCAAGCUUGAGGAGCUCAAGAAGCAAGGUGACCCCAUUGAGGAGCGCUACAAGGAGCAUUCGGAGAGAGGAUCAGUAAUUGAUCAAUUUAUUUAUUGUGUCAAUAGUUACAGAGAAGCUGCAAUGUCAAAUGAUCCUAAAUUUGAUCACAUUGACUUACCAGAGAAGCAGAAGGUGUUGAACGAGUGUGUAGAAGCCGAAGCUUGGUUAAGAGAGAAAAACCAGCACCAGGACUCACUUCCAAAAUAUGCCAAUCCAGUUCUCUUGUCAGCUGAUGUGAGAAAGAAAGCUGAAGCAGUUGACAGGUUUUGUAGGCCGAUAAUGACGAAACCCAAGCCAGCCAAACCAGCGACUCCUGAAACGCCAUCAGCGGUACCUUCACAGGGAAGUGAGCCCCAACCUCAGGGUGGAGACAACAGCAGCAGCAACCCGAAUGAGAAUGCUGCGGCUGGGGCUAGUGAAUCACCACCAGCUGCUACUGAGCCGAUGGAAACCGACAAGGCCGAGAGUGUGCCUGGCACUGCAUAAUUUAGCAUACCCCCCUCCUAUUUAUUCGUGUCAGUGUCUUGUGAGAGAGCAAUAGGGUACCGUUUAUAGCGCUGUUACUUUUCGAACAUGAAACUCAUGCCAGAUGGUGAGAGGCCUUGGAUUGUUUGAUAGUGGGGUUGUUUGGAUAACUGAGAUCGUCUUCCAUGUUGAAUGGUUUUGCAAGAUUCUGUUAUAAAUAGGGUAGGUUCUAGAAUCCUAUUUUCGGAAAGGUAAGUAAGAGAAAGGUAAAAUUAUUGUGAAUUUUCUUUUCCCCUACUAUUUUUGUUGAGAAAGAGACAUGUAUUUACUCUUUAAAAGGGCAUAGACCCUGUUCGGUUGUGUGUGUUUUGAGGACGCUUCAGGUCUUUUAUUUCUUCACCUGUACCUGUUGGAAAAUUGAACUUUCUCUAAAAGCCAUCAGGUUGUAAUACUUAACAAUUUGUUCCUUGAUGGAAAGAGACUUGUUGAGAGAGUUGCAAGUGAAACCCAUUAGUUUCUCUA